AUGAAUUAUCAAUCAUUACCUUAAUUAUAAAAGUUCAAACAGAGUGCUCAAACUCCUGAUGAACAUACCAAAAGAGGUGAUGAAGUGACUCGUUUGAAAUAGCAGGUGCAUCAAUUGCAAAAAUAAAUUGAACUUGUUCAAUAGAACAAAUCUUUUGUUAUGAAGAUUCAGAAUUAGCAAUGCACUCUCUGUCUCAGAUAUAAAACUCAAAUAGAACAAUUAAUUAAACAAGAAAAAUAGAUCAAGAAAUAUUAUGAGUAGAAAAUUGAAGAAUUGCUAUAAAGUUUAAACAAGAAAGGUCGCAAACAGAUGAUUUCUUAAAUCUAAUAAACCGACCUUGUUCCAACUUUGAACAAAGAAGUUUAGGUAUAAUUGUUGAUGGAAUAAUAACCUUAAUAAAAUUAUAUUGAAAAUUUGAAACAAUCUCCUUUGGUGAAAUAAUAUGAAGAUAUCAUAAUCGAUUUCCAUAAAGAUUACGAAAACAAGGCCUAUUAAGUUUUAUAAUACAAAGAAUUAUAUGAAAAGUAGAAAUCCCAAUAUGAAUAAUUUAAAUCCCAACACUUAAAUUGUUAUGAUAAGAUUCACAAACUACAAAUCGAAGUUAACUUCUUGAAAGAUACUUCAAAUUAAUACAAAUUACCUGAUAACAUAUUGAAUCUUAAAAAGACUAUCGAUUGCACAAUAGAAUAAAAUAAGAUGAAUCAAGUUGUAAUGAAGACUUAGGAAGGUGAUUCUACCAUGAAACUUUAUUAGAAGCUUUAAUAAAUAGAGACUGAUCUCUACAUCAGUCUCAGAUGUACUAAAUGCAAAGACAUGUAUACAAAUCCUUCCACAUUUGUUCCUUGUGGUCAUAGUGUUUGUUCGAGAUGUUAGAGUAAUAGGUGUGAAAAAUGCGAUAAAGAUGCUACUUAUUUUAGAAAUAACAGUCUAGAUCUUUUGAUAAAGAUGUAUCAAUAGAUAAGGGAAAUUUAAUAAAAAAGAUGA